GAGAAAGCAGCCCAAACGAAAGCGAGCUGCUUGACUGCCGGCGUGGCGCGGCGGUGCUCGUUACUCGUUUGCGUCUCCACCAUUGCUUAGGAUGAACUUGGCGAUAAGGAAGGUAUAACAGCACUGCGCAAAAGGCGAGAUUCCCUGCCUCCCCGGCCAUGCCAGUAUGCCACACCCCUCUCGGUGUCCGCCCCCGGUGGGCUUGGAAUCUCCCGUCCCUUUCGCUCUAUACAAGCCCCACUUCCUCCUCCCCUGCCCCAGUCCCAGUCCCAGUCCACGCGCACACCAUCUGUUCGACGUAUUGCCGGCAUGGGGCUCCCCCACGCCGGCGUCCUGAUCUUUGGUCUUCUGUCCGUGUUCCAACUGUCGCAUUCGUCAUCAGACAAGGACGACUUCACCAAGGUCAGGGCGGUGAACCUGGGAGGCUGGCUGGUGGUGGAGGGGUGGAUCAAGCCUUCCUUGUUUGAUGGCAUCCCAAAUGGGGACAUGCUGGAUGGCGUGCAGGUGCAGCUCAAGUCUGUUGCUCUCCAGAAGUACGUGAGUGCAGUUGGUGGUGGCGGUGGAAAUGUGGCCGUGGACCAGGAUGCUGCUUCGACAUGGGAGACUUUCAAGCUGUGGAGAGUUUCUGAUAGUGAAUUUCAGUUCCGAUGCCUCAAUGGUCAGUUCUUGACAGCAAGUAAUCAGGAUGUGAUCUCAGCAACUACAGAUUCACCAGGAGACUCCGAAACAUUUUAUAUCGAACGGAAUAAUUCAAUGCUUCAUAUCAAGCUUUCAAAUGGGAGCUAUUUGCAGGUCACAAAUAACAAUCAGCUUACUUCAAAUUAUCAUUCCCAGCCUGGAUGGGGUGAUGAUAUGGCAACAUUCCAGAUGACAAUAGCUGCCAACAACUUGCAUGGAGAUUACCAGCUUGCUAAUGGGUAUGGACCUGUGCAGGCAAAAGCGGUCUUGACUGAACACCGAAAGAGCUUUGUUACUGGAAAUGAUUUCUUUCUCCUCUCGCAAAACAGUAUAAAUGCAGUCAGGAUUCCAGUUGGAUGGUGGAUUGCGUAUGAUCCUGAUCCACCCGCUCCAUUUAUUGGUGGCUCCCUUGAGUACCUUGAUAGAGCAUUCUACUGGGCACAGGUUUAUGGCUUGAAGUGCAUCAUCGAUCUUCAUGCGGCUCCUGGAUCUCAAAACGGAAUGGAGCACAGUGCUAGCAGGGAUGGUUCAGUAGAUUGGCCUUCAGAGGUUAAUAUACAGAAGACUCUGGAUGUCAUUAAAUUUUUAGCUCAAAGGUAUGCAGACGAUCCCUCGCUUCUUGGUAUCGAGCUUCUGAAUGAGCCUUCUGCAGGAGCAGUCCCACUGGAUACUCUUGUGGCGUAUUACAAAAAAGGCUACAAAAUUGUACGAAGUUAUUCGGAGACAGCUUAUGUUAUAUUCUGCCAGAGGAUAGGGAAUGCAGACCCAAUGGAGCUUUAUCAGGCUGACCUGGGACCAACUAACACUGUUGUUGAUUUGCAUUACUACAAUUUGUUUGAUCCUUAUUAUGAGAAGCUUAACGCAACAGAGAACAUACAGUUUGUUUAUGAAAAAAGACUGCCUCAAGUGCGGGCCUUGAACGGCGCAAAUGGACCUCUUGUUUUUGUCGGAGAGUGGGUGAAUGAAUGGAAUGUGGCAAAUGCUUCACAAAUUCAAUACCGAUCUUUUGGAAAAGCUCAAUUGGAGGUCUUUGGAGAAGCCUCCUUUGGCUGGUCUUAUUGGACAGUCAGGUGCAACAGUGUGCACUGGGAUUAUGAAUGGAACGUAAGGAAUCGGUAUCUUAUUAUUGGUAAGCAGUUUGUUCUUCAGCUGCCUUCAACCUCCAGUCACUUAAACACAAUCCACACUGGGCCUGGAAUGACCCGGCGGAGGGGAGUUUGAGGGUUAAGAGCAUCUCCAGCCGUUGAGCCCCCAAGACGCGCCGAAAAUCGCCGCUGGGGCGAGCCGGCGUUUUUUUCGGCGUGGGGGCGAGCACGUCCCCAGCCGUCACCCCCAGGUCGGGCCCCAGACGUCCCCACAGUUCGGCCAAAUUUCAGCAAACACGGCCAAAUUUCAACAAACACGACAUAUUUCGGCGAAAUUUAGACGUUUUUUACAUGAAUAAAAUGGACGGAAAAAACCCUAAACUACGGGCCGAAGUAGGCACUGAGCAGGGCAUAGUCGUCGUCGGCGUCAUCCUCCUGCUUCUCCUCCUUGACACGGCCGGCGCCGCUGCUCGACCCCUCGCCCCGGCGCGCUGCUUCACGGCGGCGGCGUUCGGCAAUCUCCUCCAGAGCGCGGCGCUGGCGGUCCAGCUCCAUGCGCGCGUAGUCCUCGCGCGCCCACUUCAAGGCGGCCUCUUCUUCGUCGGCCUCCUCGGCGAGAGCAGGCUCCGGCUUCACGGCGGCGAGCCCCGGCUCCGGCUUCACCGUCGCCAGCCUUGGCUCCCUCUUCGGCUUGACCAGGCGAGGAGGGGCCGAGGAGGAGGAGCCACGACCGCCGUCGUUGAUGACGAGGCCGGCGCCGCGGGUGCGCCUACCGAGCGGCAUCUCGGACGGCUCUGGCUUGACGCUGACCAACGUUGGCGCGCCGGAGGAGUGAGAGGAGGAUCGGGAGGAGGAGGAAGAGGAGGAUGACCAUCCCAUCCUCCUCCUCGACAGCCACGCGCCGCCGCUCCGAGCGGUCGGGUACUCGAACGGCGGGUCGUUGCCGCCCUUGAGGUGCGCGAGGA